AUGGAAAAAAUAAAUAUUUCUUCAAUUUCUUAUUGUAAAAUUAUUUUGCAUGCAUUUAAAUAUCCACAUUGUCAAAUUAAAGGUGUUUUGCUUGGUAAAAAUAAUUCUGAAGGUUUUAUAGAAGUUUUGGAUGUUAUUCCAGCAUUGCAUUCUGCAUUGGUUGUGCCUCCUAUAGAAAUUUUGUUUAUUCAUUUGGAUGUUUAUUGCCGUGAAAGGCAUUUGGAAAUUGUUGGGCUUUAUUAUGCUAAUAAUGUUUUUAUGAAUAAUAGUUUUGACGAACAAUGGAUGAAAAUAGCUUCAGAUAAACUCCAAAAUCCAAUAAUUUUACAAUUAGAAAAUUCCAAACUUUCAUUAAAUGCAGUCUCUCCUUGUCUUCGAGCUUAUUGUCAAGAAAGUUCUCAAAAAUGGAAAGAAAUUAAUUAUUUUGUUGAAAAUUCAGACGAAACAGUUUCUUUAGCUUCUUUAGCUGUUCAAAAUAAAUUACACAAAAAUUUGGCAGAUUUUGAAAAUCAUUUGGACGAACCGUUAAUUUUUGAUUUUUUUAAUAGUGAUUUAAAUGAAAAAAUUUUAUAUUCAAAUAAUUAA